ACAUAUCCCAUUUUCCCAUCAGAAAGGUUACCUAACUGCACGAAUAUGUUGUCGAGAUGCAGCAGCAGAUCGCGGUUUUUGUACCAAGCGAACUGCAUGUUCCAAAGAAAUGGAAGCACACUGGUGAUUGCAGAACACGACAAUGAAAAACUAACACCAGUCACUCUCAACACCAUCACAGCUGCAAAGAAGUUGGGUGAUGUGUCUUGUCUUGUAGCUGGCACACAGUGUGCCAAGGUAGCUGAGGAAGUGAGCAAAGUGGAUGGUGUACAGAAGGUACUACUGGCUGACAAUGAAGCAUUCAAGGGAUUUCUGCCAGAGUCACUAACUCCACUCCUCAUGGCCACCCAAGAACAGUUUAAAUUCUCACACAUAUUAGCUGGAGCAACAGCAUUUGGCAAGAGUUUGAUCCCAAGAGUGGCAGCCAAACUUGACGUCUCCCCUAUUUCUGAUAUCAUUGGGAUUAAAAGUGAAGACACAUUUAUCAGGACCAUUUACGCUGGAAAUGCAGUACAGACAGUUAAGUCUAAGGACAAUGUUAAGCUGGUGUCAGUGAGAGGGACAGCUUUUGAAGCAGCAGAGACGGAAGGAGGGAGUGCUACAUCAGAAAAUGCUCCAACAGCUGACGUCAAUAACACCAUAUCGGAGUUUGUUGGUCAGGAACUAAGUAAAAGUGAUCGUCCCGAAUUGACCAGCGCUGGAACAGUCAUCUCUGGAGGCAGAGGAAUGAAAAAUGGUGAGAAUUUCAAGCUUCUGUAUGACCUUGCUGACAACAUGAAUGCCGCAGUAGGAGCAUCCCGUGCUGCUGUAGAUGCUGGGUUUGUUCCUAACGACAUGCAGAUCGGACAGACCGGGAAAAUUGUUGCUCCAGACCUGUACAUAGCUGUUGGUAUAUCGGGAGCUAUCCAGCACUUGGCUGGGAUGAAGGACAGUAAGGUGAUAGUUGCCAUCAAUAAGGAUCCUGAUGCACCAAUAUUCCAGGUGGCUGACUAUGGACUGGUCCAGGAUCUUUUCAAGGCUGUUCCAGAAAUGACUGAGCUGACGAAGAAAUGAUGUGAAGUACCAAAAUAGAUUUGUGGAUUGAACCUAAUUAACAUAUGUUAUGGAUAUGGAUAUUUUUCAUGGAGACAUGAAAUUUGGGAACAAAAGAUACAGAUUUGAAAACAUGUGAUGUUACAAUGAUUCAUGGUUUGGGAGUUAUAUGGACUUGGUUUGAAAUGUUGCUGUAUGUUUGUAAUUUAUAAUGAAUAAAAAUGUUUAACAAUC